AACAAUUAGAUCAAUAAAAAUGUUGCUAUGGGAAUACAUAAACUAUGUAAACAGUUCUGAACUUACUUUGGAUUAACAUACCGAGAUAAAGUUGUUGAAAAUGUCGAUGGAAAUUCCGAAUUACGAAUUUACGAGAAUCUGUGUUGCCUUACAAUCGGAAGAAAAAAAACGAAGAAUACAAGGUCUAAAGGAAAUUCUAAAGUUCUUUGAACUGCAACAAUCUGAGGAGGAAAUUUUGAAAUUAUGGGAUGUUAUAAACAAAGUUUUGUUAAGAAUUCUUAACGAUUCAGCCGAAGUUUGUCGUGAUCAAACAUUAGAAAUUAUUCGAUUAUUUAUAAUUAAUUUAACACCUAAUGAUAAAUAUAUUAUGUACUUACUUCCAAUUUUAUCCAGAAGAUUAGGUUCUUCUGAACAAAUAGAAACUUCAGAAGAAGUGAGAUUAAAAUCCGUAGUAUUAUUAAAAACAAUAAUAUUAAAAUAUGAAAACUUACUAGCAUCGUAUAUUGAUGAUUUAGUCAAAAUUCUGAUACGUACAGUGGUAGAUAAUUAUCCACUUGUUAAAAGAGAAAGCUGUAAUUGUAUAUCUGAAUUUGCAAAAAAUUUAUCAAGAUAUUUUUACACACAGUCAGAAACUUUGGUAAAACCAAUUUUAAGUAACUUUGCACAUCAACAUUAUAAAAUUAGAAUCGCCUCUAUUAGAACAAUAGGAGAUUUAAUUCAGUAUGGUAAUAGUAAAGCUUUAGAAGAAGUUGCUACACCUUUAGCAGAAAGAUUGUUUGAUCAAAAUGGACUGGUUAGAACAGCUGUAAUAGAGAUAGCAGGCUGUUGGCUUUUAAAAUUAAAAGACCGAUAUAGUUGGUGGCAUAAAAUCCUUCCAUUACUAUUAACAGGCCUUCAUGAUGAAUUAGAAGAAAUUAGAGAGAAGGCUGCCAAAUUUUGGGAUACCGUAGGACGAUCUUACAUAGAAGAAAAUCAGAAUGAUGAAAAAUUGAAAGAUAAAUUGGAUUUUCUCACCGAAGAUCGUCAUCACUAUCCUAAUGUUGUUAGACCAAAUCUAGGAUGUCGUGUAAUAGCACAACAAACUUUUAGUAAAUUAAUAAAUGGAAUAAAUUUAGAAUUAGGAGACUGGAUUGCCGAUAUAAGGGUACGAACUGCACAGUUACUUUCUGUAUUUAUUUUAAACAUAGAAGAAGAUGUGACCCAACAUAUUGGAAAACUUUUACCUUCUAUGUAUCGAGCUUGUAACGACGAAGAUUACAGGGUUGUAGAAACUGUAGAAAGAGCAGCAGAAUAUUUAGGAUAUUUUGUACAUCCAAAAAGCUGCUGUCAUUUAAUCAUUCCUACUCUUGAAGAAACUUUAUCUGUGGGUCAUUUAAAAGUAUUUUCAGCAAUUUUAAAAGGUAGCGAACGUAGCGCACUUGUUCCAUUACUGAAAGAUAUUGCAAAAUUUUUACAACAAUCGCAUAUCUGUCAAAGUAAAAAGACAACAUACCAGAAACAAAUACUUUCAUGUUGUCAUUCUUUAAUUUUAAUAUGCAAAGAGGAUUGUAAAAUUAUAUCACAGGAUUUGUUUAUAACGAUAUUUACUGUUUUAUCGAUGGCACAUGAAAAUCAUGUAAAAUUGGAAGCAAGAGAAUUAUUAAAUACUGUUGCAAAUAUUAGUUCCUACGAGAACGUUGAGAAAUUCUGCAACGAAAACAUAAGACACUUAAUUUUAUCGUUUCCUGAUUGUAAGUCAUGGACAGUUCAUACUCCAGAAAGCCAAAUUUUCUGCGGAUGUUUGACUUACAUCGGACAGAUUUUAAUUGUCAAUAUCGACAUUAUGUUACCAAUCCUAAAAGAAACUAUGACGAACGAUGCUAAUCCUGAACUACGGCUAAAACAUUUCAUUUUACUGUCAGAGUAUUUCAGUCAAGGAUCACUGAAUGAAAUUAUGGAUAUAAAAUGCUUCAAUCAAUUUUUAGAAGAUUGUAUAUUUCCUGGAUUAAUUUGGUCUGCCGGAAGAGCUGCCGAAGCUAUACGCACAGCUGCAUUAUCUUGUUUAUGUGCCAUAUUGGAUAAAUAUGAAAAAGAACUGAUUACAGAAAAGAUUAAACAUUUGGAUGAGGAAAACAUUUGUUCAAUACUUGAUAAAAUAAUGCCUGCUUUAAUUAGCCUUGCAGAUGACAAUUCCAAAAAAAGUAGAUUAUAUUCUCUACAAACUAUGCAUUUGAUAAUGUGUAUUAGAAAAAGAUUUCAUUAUCAGACAGAAGAAUACAUUCAUAAAAUAUAUCCUGUGCUUUUAAAAAGACUCGACGAUGGGUGUGAUGAUAUUAGAUUAGCUUCAUUAGAGGCUCUAAUAAAACUUUGGAAUACAAUACCUGAGGAUUAUAACUUACAUUUUAACAAAGGACAUAUAGAUACUUUGUAUACUUCAAUUAUAAUAUAUUUAGAUGAUCCAGAAAAUGAGUUUCAGAAUCUUAUAUUAGGUAGCUUAAAAGAAUUAGCAAAAGUGCAUCCAGAGUUAUUGUACCAGAAACUUCAAAAUUGUAAAACAAAUUUUAGAAAUCAAAAAGACAUAGAGAUACUUCUAGAACAUUGCCAAAAAAUGUCAGAGAUUAACACGGAUCACAUUGAUUCGGUAGAAGAGGAAAUAGAAGUAGAAUCUAAUUAUAAGCCUCCACCAGAAAAAACGAUAGAGCAAAUUUUAGAAGCAGACAAAGAGGAUGAAAGUUUACGUAAAUAUAAAGAAACACUUUUAGGAGAAGCAAAAUCUGGAGGUGUUAUUGUAGAUCCAAAUGAUCCAAGAAAAGUAAUAGUUAAAAAAUUAGCACUUUGCGUGGCAGAUCGACCAGAUAUGGAAUUAGAUUUAACAGGUGAUCUUUCUCAGCUAAAGAAACAAACGUUUGUAAUAAAAGAAGGUGUUAGUUACAGAAUCAGGAUUGACUUCAUUGUGCAACGUGAAAUUGUACAUGGUCUGAAAUAUGUUCAAAAAACUUAUCGCCUUGGAGUACCUGUGGAUAAGAUGAUGCAUAUGGUGGGUUCUUAUCCACCAAAAACAGAAGUACAGUCUUAUACUACUCCAACAGAGGAUGCACCAGCUGGAGUAAUGGCACGUGGUUCUUAUAGUGUAAGCUCCUUGUUUACUGAUGAUGACAAACAUGAACAUCUGAAGUGGGAAUGGUCAUUUGAAAUUAAGAAAGAUUGGAAAGAAUAAGCUUCUUUUCUUAAUGAGAAAGCUUUAUAAUGAUUGCAAUUAAAAUAAGAAUGCCAAAAGGGACUCUAAUUUUUAUAGAUAUUCAGUCAUAAUAUGAUGCCAUAACUGUAUUUUUAAGUAAUAAGAGAAAGAGUAACAUUGAUAUUUAUUUAGAUACUUUUCCUAAAUUGUAAAACCUUGAAAGUAAAUAAUUGGAUAUACAAGUGUAUCAUAUAUACAUGACAUACGUGCGUGUUUGCGAUGUGCAUGUGUAUGCACGCACGCGUUGUGUAUACAACACAUAUACAUACAUACUAAAAUCACAGUAGAAAUCACAUCUUAAUUGUUAGAUCAUGCGCAUCAAUCAGUAUUUGGUUACCUUUAUAAUGUGGUUUCCAUAUUUUCACUUUAACUAUUUCCUUUAACAUUAUUUUAUUGAUGUAAGAUAUUUUUAAAAUGAUGUCUGUGACAUUUUACUAGAGAGAACUUCCUUGAUUUAGAUCAUAAAAAUAUACAUAUUAAUUAAGAAAAAAAUCAUCUAAAAACAAUGCAUUUUCGAUGUAACAAAGUGUUGCUAUCGUUUUCUGCAAUUGAUCUAUCGGGUUCAAUUUUAAUAUAGGAAACUGAAAACAUCAGAAAAAACUUUAAGAUGUUAGCAAAUAUUAUGGUUGAAAAUAUUGAUUGCAGAUACAAAAAGUUUGAUAUAUUUAUUAUAAAUAUUUCCCUGUAUUAUGCAUCACGUCUUACUUUUUAGGUUUAUCAAAUUCGUACCGAUACUAUGAUUACUUUCAAAGCACAAAAUUUUGAAUUACAGUAGAAUCAAAGAAAUUAAAUCUGAGUUCAACACAAUUUAUAGAAAGCAAACUGAAUAUAUGCUUAUUGUUAUACGUUUGUUGUGGGUAAUGGAAUGUACUAAAUUUAUGCAUUUAACAUGAAUUCCUUUUUAAGUGUAUAUAUAUGGUCUUUGAUUUCGGUUAAAAAGGUUAAACAAGACUGUUAUUUAUA